AUGUUGAAAUAUUGGUUUCUUCUAGCACUUUAUUAUUUGAAAUUCGUAACUAUAUCAAUAUUAGCUGUGAAUCCUUGUGACGCAAUUGGAAAAUCUAGUAAAAACUUGACCAAUCAAACUUUUAUAUUUGUCGAAAACCAAGAAAAAGGUUCAAUUGAAGAUGAGCUACUUAUAAGAACAUUUUUCAAAUGUUAUGCAACUGGAGCAAAUAUUCAUUAUAUUGUUAUGCAAGGUUAUCGAGUUGAUAAUCACAAUGAAUUUGGAGUUGUCAAAACUUCAUUGAAAAAUAAUCAAUUGAGUGAAAAAGAGCUUGGUGGGUAUUUGGGUAUUUUUGAAAGAAUACUGUAUGCAUGUAGUCACCUUUUUUGAUUGGCUAGAGAAUUCCUAGAAACACCUGUCCCAAGCUACCGUAUACCUUAUUGUUUUCAGCUUCUAAUGUGCAAUUCAUUGUCUCUCCAGCUCUUGAUUCAAUGUUUAUGUUGAAAUUAGUGAAAUAUGAAUUAUCUAAGUAUCUUUCAAUCGAUCUCAAAAAAUACGAAUUUGUAUCACUAGGAAUUUGUGGAAAAGCAAAUCAUUGCUCAGUUUAUCAAAGUAAUUCAACACUUAUUAUUGAUAGAACAGAUUCACUACUUUAUGGUUGGUUGAAAACUCAACGUUUCAUUUGAAAAAAUUACUCACUUUCAGAAAAGAUAGCAGCUGCUAUUGAUAAAAAGAAAAUAGUGGGAAACCAAGAGUUUCGGUAUUUUCGAAGUAACAUGUAUGUUGAAAAUAGCCAUAAAUUCAAAAUUUAUGGUUUUUUUUUCAGAAAACAUUUAGAAAACGAUUUGUCAGCGGUUGUAAUGUUCAGUAUGAUUGAAACGUAUUUCAUGAUUUUGGCCAUUCUUUUAUUGGGAACUCGGACUAAAUUUUAUAUUUUAGAAGGUGAGUUGUGAAAAUGGAGAAUUCACAACAAGUUUUCAAAUGUUGUUGUUAAAAAGUAGAACGAUUCCGUGAAUUUUAAAAUAUGCGAUCGUUUCUUUUACUAAAUUUUUGAAAUUUUCUCGAUUUCUGAUCAUUUUGAUCCUUAUUGUGCCAUCUAUUUUUUUCAGAUUUCCAUUUGAGACACCACCAAGAAGAUUUCAAUAUCCCCGAAGAUGAUGAUUCUGAAAAUGAGGAGAAUCAAUUACCGUAA